GUGAAGGGCGCCACCGCCGAGGCAGGAACUAAUCAAAACCCAAUGGACCUUCCACGCUUCGACUUUGAGCACGAUAAAAUAAUUCAAGGACAGAUUUGCACCUGCCCCUCACUCCAAAUCCCUCGGACUCGCGGAUCUUAUGGCGAAUGCUAGAUCUUUCCAGCUACAUGUACUUCUACUUGUACGUGUUUAUGCUCUAGGUAUUCAUUGCGAGCGUAUUACCAACGGAGUUUCUCAACGCAUGUGCGAGAAUCAACGAGUUCAUCUUGGCGACUGUUCAUUUCCCUGUUCGAAAAGUCAGCUCAUGCUCAUAUCUCACCUGCAGCACUCGCAUGUUAACUUGGCAAUCACGCAUUGCGCGUGGUCCUCGGCCAAAGGCGACCAUGGUUUCAACAUCCCCUUGAUUAUGACGUUAUCGUUCACAAAGGAAUAGCUAUGCUUGAAGCGUGGUAAUCGGGCUGAUAGUGAUAAGUCGGACGCACUAGUUCUUUUUAUUCUACCAUUUGUUGCCAUUGAAAUUUCUCAUACGUCGGCUGCUCCC